AUGGCGGACAGAGGGGGCAAGGAAAGCCGUAAAAGGCGAGACGAACUGUUGAAGCAUGAAUCUGAGAUCCAACAAUGGUGGACUAAGAAAGAUGUAUUCAAGGCUGAUGCAAAGGAAUCUGUUCCCUUACCUGGGGAGAAGUUUAUCGGGAACUUUCCUUUUCCAUACAUGAAUGGAAUGCCAAUCAAGGCGUCGGCCGAUAAGCUUACUCGAGAGAUUGACAAGUUUGGGUACCCUCCCUUAUUUCCUGUUGUAAUAAAAGAGGAAAACAAUGAUGAUCAUGAGCCAGAUGCAAAACCCGAAGGCGGUGGUAAAAAAUUCAAAGGGAAGAAAUCAAAGGCUGUGGCUAAAACUGGUAGGAACAAGUUUCAGUGGGAGAUAAUGCAAAGUUAUCAUCUUACUGAUGAAAAAAUCGCAAAGUUUAGAGACCCUAACCAUUGGCUGGAAUUUUUCCCACCAAAAGCUGUGGAGGAUUUGAAGGCUUUUGGGUUAGGUUGUGAUUGGAGAAGAACAUUUAUAACAACUAACAAGAAUCCAUACUUUGAUGCCUUCCCCUGCGCGGAUCACGACCGCGCAUCAGGAGAAGGUGUGAUGCCGCAAGAGCACACCCUGAUCAAGAUGGAGGUGGUUUCGCCUUUCCCGACAAAAAUGUCUGUCUUGGAGGGUAAAAAAGUCUACCUUGUAGCUGCUAUAUUAAGGCCGGAAACUAUGUAUGGCCAAACAAAUGCUUGGGUCCUUCCAGGGGGAAAAUAUGGUGCUUUCGAAGUCAACGAUACGGAAGUUUUCAUCUUAACCAGGAGGGCAGCCCUAAAUUUGGCUUACCAGAGGUUAUCUCGGGUUCUGGAGAAGCCAACUUGUUUAGUUGAGUUGAUAGGUAAAGAGCUGGUUGGGUUACCGUUAAGAUCUCUAUUGGAUUUGAAUGAGAUAAUAUACACUUUGCCGAUGCUUUCAGUUUUCACUGAAAAGGGAACCGGGAUUGUGACCAGUGUCCCUAGGAUCAUACCCAUCAUUGACCAUCCUGAGUUUGGAGAUAAGUCUGCUGAGAGAAUUUGCAUAGAGAAGAAGAUCAAGAGCCAAAAUGAGAGAGAGAAGCUGGAUGAGGCUAAGAAAAUAAUCUAUAAAGAGGGAUUUUACAAAGGAACCAUGAAAGUUGGGGAGUACGUUGGAAUAGAAGUCAAGGAAGUCAAGGGUUUGAUCCAGGACAAGCUCCUGAAGAAUAAUCAAGCUGUUGUGUUUGUGAGCCGGGAAAAAAGGUCAUGUCGAGAUUCGGCGAUGAGUUUGUUGUGGCUUUGA